CAUCUAGAAUUUUCUACAACUCAGUCCUCCAACUAGCUUUCUUUCACCAUUUAAUUUGUUCAUCAUCUACGGAUCUGUCGUUGCUGGCGAAUUCUAGUAGCAAUCUACUACCAUUACUCCAUUAGCGUUGACCUUUCUCUCUCGUUUUUCCUUGUCCUUCGUAUCCUCUCUUAGGGAUCUCUUGUUGCCUUUGAUUUGCUUGGUCCUAUCCUUUUCUAAUUCUUGCUUUGGCACAACAGUAUCCCAAUGGUUAACAUCUUCUUACCCAUAGUUGAAGCCAAAGGAAAUGAUAUAGAAGCUCGAAUUCGGUUCAAUGUGCUGGAAUUGAUGAGGGAUUGUGCUCUUCACAUAGGUUUUCAAUGUUCUGUUUCAAGAACCCCAAAUGCUAAGGAUGUAAAAAAAAAGAUUUUUUUACUAAAGAGCUACUUGCAGAGGAUGAAAGAAAAGCUGCAGAAGUUUCAAUUCUUAUGUCCUGGUGGCACUAAAGAGGCGACCAAUGAUGGAAACGCGUAUCUGGUCUAUAUGAACAAAAAAUCUCAGAUUGUGACCAAGUUGAAGAGUACACAUGUCGAUGGAGCUUUUUCUAAAAAUAAUAAAGGUUGUGAAGGAAAUUCAGAUUGACCUUGGAGAGAAAUUGCUGCACUUCAAGGGACUUCAAGUCUGAAGAAUGAAUAGAAUUUUCUGGGAAGCAAAUGUUAUUUUUGCUUGAUUUCGUGUGAUAAAAUUUCUUGUUUUAAACUCUAUGCAAACACGUUCCAUUUAGUUUGCUUUAUGUUUUGUGGAUCAUCACUAAUUGAAGAUCUUCUUUGUUAAAUAGGUUUUGCAUCAGAGAUGGAUCUUCAUUCUAAAAAAGGGUCGAAAAAAUGAGGAAUACAUGGGUCAAAGCGAAAUAGAUGUGCAAGCACGCAAAUAUUCAUCAAUAAUUCAUUAAUAUAUGUACAUCCAAAGGGACCUUAAUUUUUUGUAGUUGUUUAGUGAUUGAAUAUUGGACAUUUGAGAGU